AUGUGGUCAUUCAUACUGUAUGAUUAUUAUAGCCGUGAGUGUAUUAGUUCACAUUUGGAGCGUUCUUUACGAUGUCCUUCAUGUGGUCGAAGUUUGGAUCCUAAAUCGGGGCCCAUUAUUUUUCCCAAUUUUACAGCUGCCAGUAUUGUAGACGCAAAACGCCAUAAUAUGAAAGUAGCUCGUGUUUUGACAACUUCUGGUGAAAGAAAAGAAGAGAUAGAAAUGACCAAGGAAAAAUUAGUUGAUUUGGCAAUGAAUGCAAGCACCAGUUUUUUGGAUCAUUUUGUUGAUCUUCUUAAAAAACGACAAGUUAGCAGUAACGUAAUUCACAGAAAGAAUAUAUUGUUGAAGGAGUUUAUUGAUGAAAUGAUUACUCAACGGGAAGAAAAGCUCAAACAGCUUCAACAUGAAUUAUCUGUUUUAUACGAUGACAAAUCUUCUAUGCAGGUUAUAUACUCAAUUUUAGGAAUUGUUUCCACGUAUUCAAGUCUCAGAUCUAAGGAAUUACUAGUUUUAGAGCAUGUAUUUCAGAGAAGCUUAUCGGAUAACAGUACUGUCACAUGUUCACAGCGAAUGGUUCCGGACGCUAGUUCCGUGCAGUUUUCAACACAUAUAUCAACUUCAAAGAAAGCAAGAUUUGGUGAUGAUGAACGAAAUGAUGACAGUUUCGAUGCUGAUGAUAAUUUUGAUCUUGAAAUGAGAAAAUACCGCAGUCGUCUUCGACGACAUAUGGCUGAUUUGGAGCAAGCUUAUUUUAGCAGGCAAAUAAGUAAUACAAAAUCAGAAAAAGAAGAUAGUGAUCUAGUGGGCUCUUGUUGCGAUAAUCUUGACGAUUUUUCUCGGGUGCUGCAUGGUAUAUCACAGUAUGGAAAAUUCCGACGAGUGUCAUCACUAAAUUAUAAUCUUGCAGAUACAUCUGCUUCAUUAUCUAUUGUUUCGAGCAUUGAAUUUGACAAAGAUGGAGAAUUUUUUAUAUUAGCUGGAGUUGCUAAACGUAUCAAACUUUAUGAAUUUCACUCAGUCAUCGAAUAUACGGAGUCUUUACAUUAUCCGGUGAUGCAACUUCAGUGUAAAUCAAAAAUUAGUAAUGUAUCGUGGAAUCCAUACUGUAAAAAUAUGCUUGCAAGCAGUGAUUAUGACGGUACGGUACAACUUUGGGACACUUCUCUUGCUCGAUCAGUUAGGCACUAUCAAGUUAAGCUUUGGUCAGUCGGAGUUGAUCGUUCAGUGGCAACUAUCGAUGCGAAAGUGAAUGUGUGCUGUGUUUGUUUUAGUCCAACUCAGCGAAAUUACCUCGUUUUCGGUUCUGUUGAUCAUUGUAUUCAUUUGUAUGAUAUACGAAAAACAGUUGAACCAGUGAAUCUUUUUCGUGGUCAUCGGAAGGCGGUUUCCUAUGUUAAAUAUUGUACUGAAAACGAAGUGAUAUCAGCGUCAAUAGAUAGUAAUCUUCGACUGUGGGAUGUAAGUAGUGGAAAUUGCUUGCGUACAAUGAAAGGACAUCAAAAUGAAAGGAAUUUUGUAGGUUUGGCAACAGAUGGCAAUCAUAUUGUGUGCGGAUCAGAAAACAAUCAUAUUUUCCUCUAUCAUAAAGGUUUGAGUGAUCCUUUAAUGUCCUAUGAUUUUGGUUGUUUGGAUAGUGGUCGCUCAUCUUUUCUAGCUACAGAUAUUCCGAGUAACUUUGUUUCUGCUGUUAGCUGGAAAAAGGACUCAAAUUUCAUUGUGGCUGCGAAUAGUCAAGGAACAACACACGUCUUCGAGCUGGUUUAG